UUGUAGCAGAUUUAUUUCACUGUUGCCCUUCAAAAGCAAUUUAAUUAGGUAUUUACAGCUUAAGGGACUUCCUAGUCCUUCACACCAGAAAGCUGUCAUCUUUAUGAUGACUAUUAAGCCAUUGAAAUGUAAACUCUUAACUUUUCCUGACUGUAAGAAAAUACUAAUUGAGAUAAUUAGAGAUAUUUUUGGCCUUGUUGAAUAAAAGAACACGUAAGCCAAUGCAAUUUGAUAAUGCUGUGGGAAAAAAUAGUCCUGUCCUUCCAGUGGCCUCCUCCUUGAUCUUCAUGCCAGAACAUGAAUUUGUACAGCUGUAUAAGACUAAGGAAAUAAAGUAGUCGGGAGAAAAAUGAGCAUUUUUCAUGUGGACCUUUAUUUCCAACUUGAGAACAAGGUGAACUGUGUAUGAUGGAUUGCUGGAAGGCCUGGGAAGUUGACUGGAAGCAGCAGAAGAGGGUGAAGGUUCCAAGGCUGUGUGGCUUUCUAGAAGAUGACCAUAGAAGAUCUCCCAGAGCCUUCCUUCGAAGGAGAUUCCCUCAUUGAAAGAGAACGAUUCUUAUUCCCCAACUCUGAAACAUCUGUUACUUUUUCUGUUGCUGCAGCACCAAUGCCUUCAGACUGUGAGUUUUCCUUCUUCGAUCCCAAUGAUGCAGCAUGCCAAGAAAUACUCUUUGACCCCAAAACAUCAGUUUCUGAAUUGUUUGCUAUCUUAAGGCAGUGGGUUCCACAGGUCCAGCAGAAUAUUGAUAUUAUUGGGAAUGAGAUCAUUAAAAGGGGUUGCAAUGUGAAUGACAGAGAUGGACUCACUGAUAUGACUCUCCUACAUUACACUUGCAAAUCAGGGGCUCAUGGCAUUGGUGAUGUUGAAACUGCUGUAAAAUUCGCAACACAGCUUAUUGAUUUGGGUGCUGACAGCAGCUUGCGCAGCCGCUGGACAAAUAUGAAUGCCUUGCACUAUGCUGCCUACUUUGAUGUUCCAGAACUGAUCAGUGUUAUUUUGAAAAAUGCAAAGCCUAAAGAUGUGGAUGCCACCUGUAGUGAUUUUGAUUUUGGAACAGCUUUACAUAUUGCUGCAUUUAACCUAUGCACAGGAGCUGUCAAGUGUUUACUGGAACAUGGAGCAAAUCCUGCCUUUAGGAAUGACAAAGGGCAAAUUCCAGCAGAUGUGGUUCCUGAUCCAGUAGAUAUGCCACUGGAAAUGGCAGAUGCAGCAGCCAGUGCAAAGGAAAUCAAGCAGAUCCUGCUGGAUGCAGUGCCUCUCUCGUGUGACAUCUCCAAAGCCAUGAUUCCAACCUACGACCACGUCACAGGCAGGGCCAUGCUUUUAUCACUUGGCUUGAAGCUGGGAGAUCGUGUUGUUAUUGCAGGACAGAAGGUUGGUACCUUAAGAUUUUGUGGCACAACGGAAUUUGCCAGUGGCCAGUGGGCUGGUGUAGAGCUGGAUGAACCAGAAGGGAAGAACAAUGGAAGUGUUGGAAAAGUCCAGUACUUCAAGUGUGCACCAAAGCGCGGUAUCUUUGCACCCCUUUCCAAAAUAAGCAAGGCUUCUGAUCACAAGAAAAGCUCCGUACGAAGCUCUUCCGUGCGAUCUUCACCUUUGGUCAAAUCCAAGAAAGUAGAUGUGACACACGUAACUUCCAAAGUGAAUUCUGGCCUUAAUAUUGCAAAAAGAGACAGUGCUUCUGAAAACAGCUUUCUGACUGCUAACAGGGGAAAAACUGUACCUGCAAAAGAUGGUUUUCCUGGGUACAGCAGCUCUUCCUCUUCUACUGCGUCCUUGGAAGGCAAAUGGAAUUACUCCAAGAAGAGGAACUCAACGAGCAGCAGUAAAAAGGCCCUGACUAGAGUGUCUUCUGCCUCAUCUAAGAUUAGUGCUGGGCUAUAUAGUUCCCCAACCACGAGGAAAAAUGCUCUUGAUGGAGAAAUCCAGGUUGGAGACAGAGUACUGGUGGUGGGACAGAGAACAGGCACUGUUAGAUUUUGUGGGACAACGAAAUUUGCACCAGGGUUCUGGUGUGGAAUUGAACUGGACAAGCCCCAUGGGAAGAACGAUGGCUCUGUGGGAGGAGUGCAGUACUUCAGCUGCCUUCCCAGAUAUGGCAUAUUUGCACCCCCAUCUCGUGUACAGAGACUGACUGGUUCUCUGGAUUCUCUCACAGAGACUUCAUGGAGUAAAGUAACUCACACUUUUCCAGGUUUUAGACGCAGUCUAAGCAGCACUUCUGCAUCUUCACAAAAGGAGAUAAACAGAAGAAAUGCCUUUGUUAGAUCCAAGAGCUCAGUGCUGCGGCGCAGCUGGAGCAGCAGCGCCACAGCUCCCUCCGAGGGGCCCGUCAAGCUGCACGAGGGCUCCCAGGUCCUCCUGACCAGCUCCAAUGAAAUGGGCACCAUCAGGUACAUCGGCCCCACAGACUUUGCCCCGGGGGUCUGGCUGGGGCUGGAGCUGCGCAGUGCCAAGGGCAAGAACGACGGCUCCGUGGGGGAGAAGCGCUACUUCAGCUGCAGGCCGAACCACGGCGUCCUGGUGCGCCCCAGCAGGGUCACCUACCGUGGCAUCAACGGGGCGAAGCUGGUGGAUGACAUUUGCUGAGCCCCCCAGCGUGCUGCUCACAGAGUGGGGAAGGAGUAUUUGAAAGCACAAAGCAACCCCGCCUAGAAUGCAAACUUAUUUUGGAAUCUUUAAAUCUGCAUUUGCGUUUUACAUAUAUAAGUAUGUAUGUAUGUGUGUGUAUAUAAUAUAUAUAUUUUAUAUAAAUAUAUAUAUAUAUAUAUAUAUAUAUAAUAGAGAGAGAAAAAAGUGUUCAGUCAUGUUAAGAAGUAAAACCACUGUUGAGUUUCUCUUACUUUAAUGACCCUUGCCUGGAAGGUUGAUAAAGCAUCUUGGGUUUAAGAUGCUGCAUCAUUUGAAAACCAUUCCAGUUGGAGAACAGCGUGUCUGCAGCGUUCUCUAAAGUUCCUGUGUGGUUCAUGCAGUAUUCAGAGGGUUUUUCUCCAUGUAGUAAUGAACUGGAAAUGUUUGUGCAUUGCCUGCUUUUGACAGUGGAGAUGGUUGAUGGGUGACAUUAGCCUGGUUCCUGGGCACUUUGUCAAUUCCAAUACCAGCUGCUAGCAAUAAGAAAGGAGGAAAAAUAAAAGCCAACCCCCCCCCCCCCCCCCCCCCCCUUUUCCAAACAGUUGUGGAGUAUUUUGGCAUUUUACUGUUCAGAUCUCUCGAUCUCUCUUCCUCUUUC